AUGAAAUUCAACCGAGAACAUUUUCGCGCCGUAAUUUAUUACAACUUUCAGAGACAAUUAUCGCAACAAGAAUGCCUUCCUGAGUUACUGUCUGUUUUCGGCAACGAAGCGCCACAUCAUCUUAACGACGAUCCCAGGGUGGGUGCACCAAAAGCGGCAGUCACCCAGGAAAACGUCGAUGCUAUGCGCAAACUCAUCAUUGAAAAUAGACAUGUGACAUAUCGCGAGAGUGAGACGUCCUUGAAGAUCUCAAAGACCUCGAUUCAAAAAAUUUUACAUGAAGAAUUAGGAGUAAGAAAAUUAGUUUCUCGUUGGAUACCCCACCUGUUACUGAAGUGCAGAAAGCAGCCAGGUGGUGAUGAAUCGUGGAUUUACUGUGAAGAAAAGAAAACAAAAGUCAUCCGUUCUCGAAGUGUUUCGAAAAAGAUGGUCAUGAUAUUUGUAUCAAAAGCGGGUCAUAUUGCAACAAUUCCUCUUAAUGAGCAAAGAACUAAUACUACUACCACCAUUUGUUUGCCAAAAGUCAUUACCGAGCAUCGAAAAAUCAACCCCGAAAGAAGAAUCAUCCUCCACCAAGACAAUGCAAGCUCGCACACAGCCCAAAAAACAAGGCAAUAUUUAAUGGAAGAAAACGUGGAAUUAUUGGACCAUCCUCCAUAUAGUCUCGAUCUAAUUCCUAACGAUUUCUUAACUUUCCCGAAAAUUAAACGCAGACUGCGUGGUCAAAGGUUCCAGUCACCAGACGAAGCAGUUGACGCAUUCAAAAAUGCCGUUUUGGAUCUGCCAGUAAACGAGUGGAAUAAGUGCUUCGAAAAUUGGUUCAAGCGCAUGCGGAUGUGUAUUAAUCUUCGUGGAGAAUACUUCGAAAAACAAUAA